AUGGUCCCUGUACAGUCUUUCACAAGUGGGCUGCUGGGCACAGGUGGGGCUGCUGGUCAUAGGUGGGGCUGCUGGUCACAGGUGGGGCUGCUGGUCACAGGUGGGGCUGCUGGUCACAGGUGGGGCUGCUGGUCACAGGUGGGGCUGCUGGUCACAGGUGGGGUUGCUGGUGCUGGUGCUGGCGGCUGGCGCUGGGGCUGGUUCCUGGUGCUGGCGGCUGGCGCUGGGGCUGGUUCCUGGUGCUGGCGGCUGGCGCUGGGGCUGGUUCCUGGUGCUGGCGGCUGGCGCUGGGGCUGGUUCCUGGUGCUGGCGGCUGGCGCUGGGGCUGGUUCGUGGUGCUGGCGGCUGGCGCUGGUGCUGGUUCCUGGUGCUGGCGGCUGGCGCUGGGGCUGGUUCCUGGUGCUGGCGGCUAGCGCUGGGGCUGGUUCCUGGUGCUGGCGGCUGGCGCUGGGGCUGGUUCCUGGUGCUGGCGGCUGGCGCUGGGGCUGGUGCCUGGUGCUGGCGGCUGGUGCUGGUGCUGGUUCCUGGUGCUGGCAGCUGGCGCUGGUGCUGGUUCCGCCGCCACUCCCUUCCCCUCCUCUCUCUCCUUUCCACAGCGUCCCGCCGCCACUCCCUUCCCCUCCUCUCUCUCCUUUCCACAGCAUCCCGCCGCCACUCCCUUCCCAUCCUCCCUCUCCUCCCCAUGGCGACCGCCGCUGCACACGCAAACAGUCGCGACGGGGGGGGGGUGACGGGCAGGGGGCGGGGGGAAUGCGACGGGCAGAGCGGGCGAAUGAGCGGCUGGGGCGAUCGCCGGUGCUCUGGCGAUCGUCGCUGGCGUUCCCCCCGACCGCCGGUGCGACAGGCGAGGUGCAGGGUGGCGCUGGCUGCAGUCGAUGGCGCAAACGCGAUCGCGGGCCGCUGGCGACUUCGCUGGCGACUUCACUGGCGGGUCGCUGGCGGUCGCCAUAG